AUGGCCUUGGAUGGCCACGCUUUACAACAUAUUCAAGUGGAAAACGUUAUUGACUAUGCUCAGUACAUCAGCCAUGUGGCAAACUUGGACGGUGGGCUGCAGGGCCUCCAGGGACUUCAUGGGCUGCAGUCACUUCCUGAUGGCACCACCGUGGCCUUCAUUGACCCCUCAGUCUUUGACCCCAGUCAGCUGUUUGACUCAGGGGCAAUUGAGAUCCACCACAGCCUGCCAGAUGGCACAGUGGACCUACAGAAUUGUCAUCAAGUGAUUCUAGAGCAGCCUGUUAUUGAGCAGAUUGGGGUGCAGGCAGCUACCUUGGAGACACUUGAUGUCAAACCACCGAUUGGGAAGGGCCCCUUUAACUGUACUUUGUGUGAGAAAGUGUUUAACAAAUGGAACCAGCUACAGCGACAUCUGAAGUCACAUGAUGAAGACAAACCAUUCAGGUGUAACCAGUGUCCCAUGUCCUACAACAUUGAGGACAACCUGCUGCUCCAUCAAGCCACCCAUGUGGGGCCAGAUCGUGACCCAGUGUGUCCCGAAUGUGGGAAGAAGUUCUCACGGGUUGCAAGUCUCAAAGCCCACAUCAUGAUGCAUGAAAAGGAAGAGAAUUUAAUGUGUGCUGAAUGUGGCGAUGAAUUUAGUGUGCAGCACCAGCUGGACAGGCAUCUCCUGGAGCACAGGCAAGAGAGUGAUGGGGCCAGGACCUUCCAGUGUCGACAGUGUCACCAGGAGUACAACAAGAUGUCCACACUGAAGGAACACAUGAAGCAACAUUAUAAGGUCAAGGCAUCACUACACCAUCGGAACUAUAAACGCAAUGUGGACAGAACUGGCUUCUUCCACAAGUGUCAGCACUGCAACAAGACCUUCCAGAAGCCCAGUCAGUUGGAGCGACAUGAGCGGAUACACACUGGUGAGCGCCCAUUUGAGUGCUACAUUUGUCAGAGAACUUUCAACCAAAAGGGGGCGCUACAGAUGCACAUGACCAAACACACAGGAGCUCGUCCACACAUGUGUAACUUUUGUCCCAUGACCUUUGCUCAGAAAGGGAAUCUAAGAUCUCAUGUACAGCGAGUGCACACCUUGAACAAGGAGGAACAUGGUCAGAUAUAUGAAUGUGAUGAGUGCAGCUGUAUGUUCCGCAGGCUGGGAUCAUUGAACGCUCACAUCAGUCGAGCUCAUGCUGAUCCUGGGGAAUGUGAUCAGACCACAGUCCAGGACAUAAAGGUCUCCCUGCAGCACCCUCUACACCAGUUGACAGAAAUCAGUGAUGCCUCUGUGAUGCAAGAUGUUCUGGGCCUGGAUCAUGUCGGUGGAGGCAAUGAUCUCACUGGAUCUUCACUGGUUGAUGUCCAGGUCAUUCAUGGAUCUCUGGAUCAGGGAACCUCAGACAUCCUGCAGCAAGCUCUAGAGAACAGUGGCCUGCCCAGCACAGUUGAUGACCAGGAGAGCUACUCUAAACAGGUGGGGACUGUCAGCAGUGCCUCUGUGAGAAGCUCCACUUCCGCCACCUGUACUACAACAGCCAGAGGUCAUAUGUCACGCCUGGGCACCAUGGCCGUCCAUGACUCAGCAACUGGUUUGUUGAAACGACAUUAUAUCCGCAAGGUAAAUGGCAUCCGGUGGCAUCAAUGUACAUACUGCACCAAGGAGUUUAAAAAGCCCAGUGAUUUGGUGCGACACAUACGUAUACACACACAUGAGAAGCCCUACAAAUGUACCCAGUGUUUCCGAGCAUUUGCUGUCAAGAGUACCCUCACGGCCCACAUCAAAACUCAUUCAGGGUUGAAGGAGUAUCGGUGUGAUGUCUGCGGCAAGAUGUUCUCUACCCAAGGAAGUCUCAAAGUACAUCUCCGCCUCCACACAGGAGAGAAGCCAUUCCGCUGCAACAUCUGUCAACGAUCGUUUGUAUCCAGUGGAGUGUUGAAAGCCCACUCCCGGACACACUCGGGGGAGAAGACCCACAAGUGCCUGGUCUGUGAUGCCUUGUUUACCACAGGCGGCAGCUUGAAGAGACACAUGUCCACACACAGCGAGGUCCGCCCCUUCAUGUGUCCCUACUGCCAAAAGACUUUCAAGACCUCCGUCAACUGCAAGAAACACAUGAAAACGCAUCGGCAUGAGCUAGCCAUGCAGCAUUAUGAAACUAUCAAGGAAGGAGAUGGCGGGGCAGGUGCAGCCGAUGGGGGUGAGGGGAGAGGAGAUGAGGAUGGGGAGAUGGUGGAAGUGGAUGGACUGACAGGGUCACAGACACUGGCUGACCUGGAUGUGCUGCAGGAGCAGGUUAUUUCCCACACCACCACUGUCAACCACUCGGAUCUACAGGUGGUGGAGAUGAGCCAGGCAGAUCUGCAGGCAGUCAGUGCCGCCUCAGACUCACUGGCUGUUGAAGCUGGCCUGCAGCAAGCCUUUGGGCAAGGGAUGUUUGGACACAAUUUCACACUGGUAAACCAACAGAGAUAUAUUGAGUUGACUGACCAGGGCUCGGCUCAGGAAGACAAACAUGGCGGGGACGAUGUGGUCAGGGUUCAACUAGAGGGACAGCUGGAUUCACAGACAAACUCAUCACUGCCUCAGUCGGUUGGUGGUCAAGUCAGCACACAGUUCACCUAUCAGCCCCAGAAUUGGAAGUCCAGCCUGGAGGUCAGUACAGCACUGGGCAGUGGCUUCGAGCAGCAGCAGGCUACAACCAUCCAUGUCAU